ACAGCGGGUGAGGUCACCUAUAAAUGCCGUAUAAAUGGAGCCAGGCUUCAGGUGCCUCUGAACCAUUUAUCCGCAUCGAUACCCUCUGCUCCAGACAUGGCUGUCUCAGUGCUUCGGCUGACAGCUUUUUUGGGACUGCUUAUCCUAAUCCUGACCUGCCAGGCGGAUGUCAAGCCCGAUGUCAAGCCCGAUGAAUCGGGCAAGAACCCACAGCCAGAGUUCCCCAAAUUCCUCAACCUCUUGGGCUCGGAGAUCAUUGAGAACGCAGUGGAGUUCAUUCUGCGCUCCGUGACAAGGAGCUCAGGAUUUGUGGAACUUGAUGAUAAACGAGGAGAACAUGCAGCAAAGUGACUUCCCCAGGACACACCUACAGGGCUCCAGAGUAAGCCAAGGGCAGCCAAAUCCUGCUUUUCCGGUUCUUCUGUUUUACCAGUUCUCCAGCACAGAGGCCUCAAAUCAGCUCCCAGCAAGUUCUUAGAAUCAAUGAGCUCCUUAGCAAGUUCAGGCCCUGGCUUCAACCAAACACAGCUUGUUUUGAACAUCCUGACUGCAUUGUUGCUUCUACAAGUCAGAAUCAAUGUGUCUCCUUUGCAGUCACAUAGCCUAGUUCAUUAAGAAGAUUUUUGUUAAUGGGAGUAAACUUUCCUGAGUAUGUUUAAGGUUUUUAAUGAUGCAAAAAUAUGAAACUUAUAAAAAUUAUUAUUAUCCAGAAUAAUGGAAGGACAUUUCAAGCUAAGAGAACCCAAAUUCAGGUAACAUGACAAGUCCAAAGUCACAGAACCAGUAAAUGACAGAAAGAGGACUUGAACCUGACUCCAAAGAACAAGCUCUGAACCCCUAAAAAUGUACGAAGUUU